AUGAACCCUCACCAGAAGAACAAAGUCGAUAUUAGCUCCCUCUCCGCAGACGAGCAACGACUUUUCCGCCUCUACGGCAAACUCCCCAACAAGAAGGAUCUCCUCCAGAACAAGUUGAAGGAGCGCAAAUAUUUCGACUCGGGCGACUAUGCCCUCUCCAAAGCCGGCAAAGCCUCCGACACGGGCGUCACCACCAUCGGCACCGAACACCCGCAAGCAGAAAACAUCCCGCACCUCUCGGCGUCGUCGCCCCCCAACUCGGCGAAUUCCCUCAACAGCCCGUCUUCCGCCACCAUCCCCCACACCGGCAGCAUGAGCGGUGGCGAUCGCGAUGCCUGGUCCUGGCUUGCUGCGGCUGGGCACAGGCGCAGCGUACAGGGGGUGCAUGGAGCCACGGUGGGGAUUUCGGGCGGGCAGAGUCGGAGUCCGGUUAAGGAGAGUAGUUAUCUGGCUAGGACGGCUAGCGCGGAUGAAGUCGACGGGGAGGAGGAAACGGCGGAUCAAGAUGGAGGAGAGGGGAAUGGGGAAGAGGCGCUGUUGCAGCAGGGGAUGAGCAUCAGUCCGCCGGUGGUGCAGGAGGGGCUGCCAAUUCGGAGAUGA